AUCGUCAAGUCACAGGUACCGUAUCAGGCUACAAGCGCUCAUCUACAAGCAACAGGUCAACAUGAACUUCUUUGGCGGUGGAGAACCUCAAAAGCCAGCGGGGCCCGAUCCCCUCUUUGCUGCGACAACGGAAAUGGAAAUGUACACGGACCUGUUCAACAAGCUAACGGCAUCCUGUUUCUCCAAGUGUGCCUCCAAGAAGCACAAGGAACCGGAUCUUUCCUUGGGAGAAAUGAGCUGUGCAGAUAGGUGUGUAUCCAAAUAUUUGGAAGCACAACAAAAGAUUGGGAUCGUCCUGCAACAAGCCAAUGAAUCCCAAGCACAACAGCAACAGCAAAUGAUGUCAAUGCAGCAAACCAUGGCCGGAAGAAAAUAACUAACUUGCCAGUAUGCAUAGUGCUAGUAGACAAAAAUCAAUCAACCCAUCAGAGUAAAGAGUUUUUCCAGAUGCUUUCUCGUGGGACAUACAUAACUAACUACUACUAUAGCAGGCCAAAGUUCGCGAAGGUUAGAAUGAUUGUUGAUGCACAUCAUAAAAAAUUGGUACAUAUUUAUUCCUCCAGUUUUGUUUUGGAGAUUUGCUUUUUGUCAUCAUCCCUGGUCAUUCAACAUUUUAUUGCUUGUCUUCCAUUUUUCUACCCAGUCACCAUCUCAACAUACUGGCUUUUGAGGUAGCCGGAGUUGUCGGGUCUUCUCCAUGUAACCAUGUUGAUUGAGGAGAAGAUAUGCUUCUAACCAACACUGGCCUUAUUCUAUUUCUCCAAGGUGCCGGUUACCGUCCGUACACGAAGAAUAGAAAAGAUUGGGUCUCUUCCUUCUAGCAAAUUUGCUUUCUUUCGCAGCUCUAUCGGCUUUUAUGAUGCCUCAACAAGUACGACUCAGAUUCUCACGACUGAGACAAAAAGAUUUGCAAAAGAUCGAGACAAUGACAUGAUCGAGACGUCAGGCAUGC